AUGGCCCAGUGGCCCGUGCCGCCGCCGCCGCCCACUACCUCCUCUAAGGGGCCCCCGGCGCGCAAGCUGCUCUUCAUGUGCACCCUGUCUCUGUCCGUCACCUACCUGUGCUACAGCCUCAUGAGCUGCUACAGUUCCCUGCAGUUCCCACUAGCGCUGCAGGAGCCGCCCGGCGCGGGGGAGCCCUCGGGCGGCCCCCCUCCCAGCCCGCCACUGCUGCCCUCCCUCCUGCCUCCCCGUGUCCAGCUCGGCCCCUCGCGCCCGCUGCCGCCGUCCCUGGGAGCGCUGGCCAACGCUAGCCGGAGGGAGCCACUGGACUCCCCCCAGGCCCCCGGAGACAACUGGGGACCGGGAAGCAGCGGCGGAGAGGGGGCAGCCAACCGGGACGCCUGGAUCCGGACCCCCCUGGCCCCCACCGAGAUGAUCACGGUGCAGAGCGGGCUCUUCGAGAGGGACGCCCAUGAGUCCAGCACCACGGACGAGGAGCUCACUGGCCGGAAGGGGGGCAAUAGUACCAGUGGAGGAGGAGGGGAAAAGGGGGGCCCUGGCCCUGGCACCACUACCCCGGACUAUGGAGAGAAGAAGCUACCGCAGGCGCUGAUCAUCGGGGUGAAGAAAGGAGGGACCCGGGCUCUGCUGGAGGCGAUCCGAGUGCACCCAGACGUGCGGGCAGUGGGCGUGGAGCCGCACUUCUUCGACAGGAACUACGAGAAAGGGCUGGAGUGGUACAGAAAUGUAAUGCCCAAGACCCUGGAAGGGCAGAUAACGAUGGAGAAAACUCCAAGUUACUUUGUAACCAAUGAAGCUCCCAAACGCAUCCACUCCAUGGCUAAGGAUACCAAGCUGAUUGUGGUUGUGAGGAACCCUGUGACUCGGGCAAUCUCUGAUUACACACAGACUCUGUCCAAGAAACCAGAGAUCCCUACCUUUGAAGUGCUAGCCUUCAAAAACCGGACCCUGGGGCUGAUUGAUGCCUCCUGGAGCGCCAUCCGCAUUGGGAUCUAUGCCCUACAUCUGGAAAACUGGCUUCAGUAUUUCCCCCUGUCUCAGAUCCUGUUUGUCAGUGGUGAGAGGCUUAUUGUGGACCCCGCUGGGGAGAUGGCCAAAGUGCAGGAUUUCCUAGGCCUCAAACGGGUAGUGACUGAGAAACAUUUCUACUUCAACAAAACCAAGGGGUUCCCUUGUUUGAAGAAGCCAGAGGACACCAGUGCCCCCAGGUGCUUGGGCAAAAGUAAGGGGAGGACUCAUCCCAGGAUUGAUCCAGAUGUGAUCCACAGACUGCGGAAAUUUUACAGACCCUUCAAUGUUAUGUUUUACCAAAUGACAGGUCAAGAUUUCCAGUGGGAACAGGAGGAAAAUGACAAAUGA